AUGGCCGACGACACUCCCCUGGCCUCGCUGUCUCUGACACAUGUCUACUAUGACCCCGAAGACAACAUCUCGUACCUCUGCGCCUGGCUCGCCCUCGUCCCGCAGGCCCUCUGCAUCGUCUACGUGACGCUGAUCUGGUCGACGCGCGAGGCCGAGGUGGCCCUCAUGUUCGCGGGCCAGCUGGCCUGCGAGGCGGCCAACUUUGUCCUCAAGCGCCUCAUCAAGGAGGAGCGGCCCAGCCGCAUCCACAGGACGGGCAAAGGCUACGGCAUGCCCAGCAGCCACGCGCAGUUCGUCGCCUUCUGGGCCGUCGCCAUGGCGCUGUUCCUCCUCGCCAGGCACACGCCCAGCUGGACGGACCACGGGUACGGGCCGAGGUCGGCUUCGGUGGACGGGCAGGGCGGUGGUGCUCGUGGUGGUUCUGGGAAUGGGAACAGAGACACUAGGUCAGCACGGCGGACCAGCAGCUGGGGCCAGGACUGGGUCAUGGUGGAGAGCUACGCCCACCGCCCCUGGUCGUACGCGGAGCGCGCCGCCGCGGCCGUGUUCGUGCUGGGCGUCGCCGCCCUCGUCGCCUGGAGCAGGGUCUACCUCGGCUACCACACCGUCAACCAGGUCCUGGUCGGCUUCCUGGCCGGCGCCGUCUGCGCCGUCGCGUGGUACGCAGCCACCGCCGCCGCCAGGGGCUACGGCCUGCUGGCCUGGGCCCUCGAGUCGCCCGUCGCGAGGGGCCUGCGGGUCAGGGACCUGGUCGUCAGCGAGGACCUCUGCCAGGCGGGCUGGGAGAAGUGGGAGGACAGGAAGGGUGGUAGUGGUGGCGCUGUUGCUGCUACUCCUGCAAGUGCUCCUUCGUCGAGGAAGAAAAAGUAA